AUGUCAGCUGUUGAAGAUUUUGGAGUUUCGAUUGAUGAUGUUGAGACGGGAGCUCUUGUUUAUGAUUUAUCGCCGGAUCGACUCCACUUUUUGCAAGAAGGCGUUCGAGCGGCGAGAAAUGGAGAGGUUCCUUAUCGAAAAGAUCGAAGCGAUUUUUGUCAAUGCAAAGAUGAAGAGGAUUUCUUAGCCAAAUUGUACUGUAUUCGACAAGCUUUGAAUGCAAUUUGUGUUGACGAGCAUCGACGAGUUUGGCUGUCGAACUCAGGCCGACAACUAUUAGGCCAUUUAAUGCAAAAUAUGCAACAAGAUCCAACUUCUUUCUAUAAAGCAUAUGAUGAAAUGAUUCUUUUCUUUGAAGAUGAAGAUAAUCUUGAUAUGGCUGAAGCUGAGCUCAAAUUGAGAGGGGUACCCGAGUUGUCCUUUUGGGAUAUCGUUCUCGAUUUCAUCCUUCUCGACUCAUUCGACGAUCUUAAAGCACCGCCAUCAGCCAUUUAUUCAGUCACAAAGAAUUAUUGGCUAUCUCAAUCGAUGAAAUAUUCAACAAUCUCCACCGUCAUUUGGAGUAUGUUGAAAGCGAAGAGACAACGAUUACAGUAUCCAAACGGUUUCAUCGCUCAUUUCUACAACAUUUCCGAGGCUGUUUCCCCGUCGAUAACCCUCGGAUUCUUGGGCACCGAUCAAGCGCUUGGCGAGCUGUGUCACUACUUUAAAGAACAGGUGAUUCAAUUGGUCAUCGAUUUGUUCAACCCGAAGCGAGUCCGGUACACGAAUUUAGAGGAAAUGGUUGAAGAUGUCUGGGUCGUACUCCAAACGAGAACCGAAUCUCUUUUGACGAGACUUUCCUCAGAAAUCUUACCCGCC